AUGGAUAGCACCUGGAUUUUUCUCAUCAUUAUCGGCGUGGUCGCGGCAAUCGGCUAUUCCUUGUAUGUGUCGGUUAUCCAAAAGCGAAACCGGGCACGCAACGCUUUUUCGACAAUUGAUGUCCAACUGAAAAAGCGACAUGACCUGAUCCCCAAUGUCCUCAAGAUCGCAAAAGAGACGAUGAAGCAGGAGAUGUCUCUCAUCGAAGAGGUGACACGGCUUCGGACCGCCACUGAGACCCCGACGGACACCGACGAUCCGGACGCCAUCAAAAGCCGCCUGGAAGCAGAAUCCGGUCUCGCGCAAAGCAUGCGCCAAUUGUUUGCUGUCGCAGAAAACUACCCAGAACCUCGCUUCGUUGAAGCGAUGAAAACCGCUCAAGAAACUUAUCAGGAAGUGGAAGGACACAUCUCCGCUGCUCGGCGCUUCUACAAUUCAGCGGUCGAAGAUCUCCAGAAUGCCGUUGAGAUCUGGCCGUCGUCGACGAUUGCUGCUUUAGCUGGUGUCAAAGCCAUGCCGUUCUUUGAGAUAGAUGAGAUGGAGCGGAAACCUAUUGACGCAGACGACAUCCUGUCAGGUUAG